CCGGGUUUUGAUUCCCUAUAUGGUGAUUUUAUGAGGCCCAGAAUCGAUGAGGUUGAUGAACUAUUAGCUAAAGGAGUGAAUGUAACUGUGUACAAUGGGCAACUUGAUGUCAUUUGUUCGACUAAUGGAGCAGAAGCAUGGGUUAAGAAGCUAAAGUGGGAAAGUCUGAAAACUUUCUUGAAUAUGGAAAGGAGUCCAAUGUAUUGUGGGGAUGACAAAAUUACUAAGGGUUUCACCAAGUCUUAUAAGAAUUUUCACUUCUAUUGGAUUCUUGGAGCUCGUCAUUUUGUUCCAGUGGAUCAACCUUGUUUGGCAUUGGAUAUGGUAGCUAGCAUCACUCAGUCACCAGCUGUUCCAUAAUGAAACACACACAAAUACACACCUAAUUGUUUUCC